UGUCUCAAGAUGGCGGCCAAUGCGGGAUCGAUGUUUCAAUAUUGGAAGCGCUUUGAUUUACAGCAGCUGCAGAGAGAACUGGAUGCCACCGCCACAGCCCUGGCCAACAGACAAGAUGAGAGCGAGCAGUCUAGGAAAAAGCUCAUCGACCAAAGCCGUGAGUUCAAGAAAAACACACCAGAGGAUCUGCGAAAGCUGGUAGCUCCGUUGCUCAAAGGCUUCCAAGCAGAGAUCGACGCGGUGAGUAAAAGAAGUAAGGAGUCAGAGGCUGCCUUCCUGAGCGUGUACAAGAGAUUCAUCGAUGUCCCAGACCCUGUGUCGGCCCUGGAGGCUGCCCAGCAGCUACAGCUGAAGGUCCAGAGGAUGCACGACAUCGAGACGGAGAACCAGAAGCUCCGCGAGACGCUGGAGGGCUACACCCAGGAGAUCGCUGAGGUCAAGAACCACGAGGUCACAAUUAAAGCACUUAAGGAGAAGAUAGAAGAGUAUGAAGAGACCCUGAAGAAGCAGGCCAAGGAGCUGGGCCAGGAGGAGAGGAGAGAGGAAGAGGAGAAGAAAGAGGGAGAGGAGGGGCAGCUCCACAACAACCAUGCAGAGGAGGAGCGUCAACAACAGGAGAACCAGGAGUCUGCAGUGUCAAAGCUGGAGGAGGCAGACAGUAAGGCCCAGUCCCUACAGACAGCACUUGAAGCAACUCAGGCAGAGCUUUUGGACCUGAAGAGCAAGUAUGACGAAGAGUCAACAUCAAAGGCCAAUGAGAUUGAGGUGGUGAUGUCAGACCUGGAGAGAGCCAAUCAGAGAGCGGAUGUAGCGGAGAGGGAAGCAGAGGCUCUUCGGGAACAGCUGACGUCCGCCAACAAGUCUCUCCAGCUUGCCACACAGAUCCAGAAGGCCCCUGACAUGGAGCAAGCCUUGGAGGUUCUGUCACGCUCCAGUCUGGAGGUGGAGCUGAGCGCCAAGGAGCGGGAGGUACUGCACUUGGCUGAGGACGUGCAGAGACUGCAGGCCAGCCUGGCCAACGUCCGUGAGAACUCGGCCUCGCAAAUCAGCCAGCUGGAGCAGCAGCUCAGCACCAAGGAGAGCUCACUCAAGCAACUGGAGGAGAAACUGCAGGAGCAGGCAGACUACGAAGACAUCAAGAAAGAGCUCAGUUUCCGCAAGUCCGUAGAGUUCGGCUCUUCAAACUGCUCUUCAGCACAGGACUCUAAGAAGCCUCUGGAGUUGUUGUUGGAGAAGAGUCGAGGCCUGCAUUCUGAGAGCUCCUCCCUGCGCCUGAACAACAGUGAGCUGAGUAGCGAGUCCUUCAAGCCACCAACACACGCAUACACAGAUACACGCAUACACAGACAUGCAUAUGCACACGCGCGUUUGAGAGAGCGAAAGGUCAAAGAGUCAUCAGAGGGACAACAGCGUCUUUGCAACACACCCAUGGGCACCAACUUGAAGGGCUCCCCUCCCCCUCCCUCCUCUCAGCUCCUCCUGCGCACUGGCUCAGGUGGUUCCUCCGACACCACCCCUGUCACUGCCGCCAAUGGCACACACCACUUCUCGCCCACGAGUGGCGGGCUGGGUGGGCAGGACUUCUUCAGCCACACCUCUCUGGCGUCGGCGGGCACCGCUUUCCCCCUGGGGGGCAAGGUGGUGCUCAACUCCCUGCUGCAGCGCCAGCUCAUGCAGACCUUUUACUCCAAAGCCCUGCAGGACUCAGUGUCCGCCUCCGGCCAGGCCCUGCUCUUCUCCCCUUCCAACUACCCCACCCAUAACUCCCUUUCAGCCAGCCCCCUACCACCCCAUCAGUCUUUGCAGUCGCAAUCCCAGCACCCGUCAGCGUGCAGCCCGGAUGUCAACGGCCUAGCCCCCUCACCCAGCCAGUCAGAAGGGGCGGGGAGUGUCUCGGAAGGCGAAGACAUGGACACGUCUGAGAUAGCGCGUCAGGUCAAGGAGCAGCUGAUCAAGCACAACAUCGGGCAGAGGAUCUUUGGCCACUACGUGCUGGGGUUGUCUCAGGGCUCGGUCAGUGAGAUACUGGCCAGGCCCAAGCCCUGGAACAAGCUGACCAUCCGUGGCAAGGAGCCCUUCCACAAGAUGAGGCAGUUCCUGUCCGACGAGCAGAACAUUCUGGCACUGCGCAGCAUCCAGGGGAGGCAGAGAGAGAACCCAGGCCAGAACCUGAACAGAGUGUUUCAGGAGGUUCCGAAGCGAAGAACCGGCUCCGAAGGUAACAUCACCACGCGGAUCCGCACCUCGGAGAGUGGCUCAGAUGAGGCCAUCAAGUCCAUCCUGGAACAGGCCAAGAGAGAGCUGCAGGUUCAGAAGGCUGCUUUCCCCAUUUGUGGUAUCGGCUCAGGUGGAUCCUCCAGCUCAGACGAGACCAUCCGCUCCAUCCUAGAGCAGGCCAGGAGAGAGAUGGAGGCCCAGCAGGCCGCCCUGGAGCCCAUCCUCAAGGCAUCCUCCAUGGGCCCCUCCGACCUGGCCCUGCUCUCCCCCAAACUCCUGGGCGCGCCAAUCCUCCCGGCCUCCUACUCGCCCCUGGCCCUCUCCCUCAAGAAGCCCUCCAUCCCCCCAACCUCCUCUCCCUCGCCCUCCUCCCUCCUGGAUUUCCACUCUGCCAUGGUGAAGAAGGAGGCAGGAGAGGUGGUGGGAGAAGGCGGGGGAGGAGGAGGGUUGCUAAUGGAUGGUGGGACCAAGCAGGGGCGAGGCUCCUGGAGGGAUCAAUGGUGGAGCAGUAUGCACCCCGGGGGGCAGGGAGCCACGGCUAGCCUGAAUGACGAUGCGCGUAGUCAGGAGGACAGCAAGGAGCCUCCCCGGCUGGCCGGCUCAUCCUCGGUGCUGGCACCCUCCUCCGUCUCCAUCUCCUCCUUGGACUACUGGAAGGACUGGCCCCGGGCCGAGUCCCCGUACUCCCAGGCCAGCUCUGAGCCUGGCGGGGGCACCAAAACCCAGGGGCCGAGCCGCGCCGACACACCCCAGAGCAGUCUCUCUCCCCUAAGUUUGGGGCCUCUGGGGUCCCUGUUGACCCCCGCAGCCAAACAAGCCAAGCCUGUGGUGGCGCCGCUCACUCCUGAGCAGUACGAGUUCUACAUGUACCAAGAGGUGGACACGGCCGAGCUCACGCAGCAGGUCAAAGACAAGCUGGCCAAGAACGGCAUCUGCCAGCGCAUCUUUGGAGAGAAGGUGCUGGGCCUGUCUCAGGGCAGUGUGAGCGACAUGCUGUCCAGGCCCAAGCCCUGGAGCAAGCUGACCCAGAAGGGCCGGGAGCCCUUCAUCCGCAUGCAGCUCUGGCUCAACGGAGAGCUGGGCCAGAAUGUCCUGCCCUUACAGGGCCAGCCACAAGAAAACACCCCAAAGACCUCAGCCAGCUGCAGCCCGGCCCCGGAGUCCCCCCUCAGCUCAGCCGAGGAGUCCGUGAAGAGCCUUGGGGAGCAGGGGGGAGGAGGAGGGGGAUGUGGAGGAGGAUCAUCCCAGGUCCCCCCCAGGGAGCCCAGCGAGCCCUCUGAGUCCCAGCCCGGAACGCCACUGCCCGUCCCCGGCCACUCAGGUCUCAGCAUCCAGGAGAUGGUGGCCAUGUCCCCAGAGCUGGACACCUAUGUCAUCACCAAGAAGGUCAAGGAGGUGCUGACCGACAACAACCUCGGUCAGCGUCUGUUUGGGGAAACCAUCCUGGGUCUGACUCAGGGCUCGGUGUCUGACCUGCUGGCGAGGCCCAAGCCCUGGCACAAGCUCAGCCUGAAGGGACGCGAGCCCUUCGUCCGCAUGCAGCUCUGGCUCCAGGACCCGCGCAACGUGGAGAAACUCAUGGACAUGAAACGCAUGGAGAAGAAAGCGUACAUGAAGCGGCGCCACAGCUCUGUGAGCGAGAGCCAGACGGCGGACAGCGGGGGCCUGUCAGGGGGAGACUUCAGCCAGGGGGGCAGCCCCCAGCAUGGCCUCGGCCACCACCUGCACCAGCAGCAGCCUCCCCAGCAGCACCUGAAGAAGGCCCGUGUGGUGCUGGCCCCUGAGGAGAAGGAGGCCCUGAAGAGGGCCUACCAGCAGAAGCCCUACCCCUCGCCCAAGACCAUUGAGGAGCUGGCCUCACAGCUCAAUCUCAAAACCAGCACCGUCAUCAACUGGUUCCACAACUAUAGGUCUCGUAUCCGACGGGAGCUUUUCAUCGAGGAGAUCCAGCGAGGUGAGGGCGGCUCCCCGUCCACCAGGGCGGGCAAGGCCAGUGAGGGCGACAGCUGUGACGGUACUGAGUCAGAUGGCACAGUGGAGGGCACACGCCCCGGCCACGAGCACCACCCGGCCUCAGAAGGCGAGGGCGGGUCCGACCACAGAGACGAGGGCACCACGUCAGCCACCGGCAGCAACGCUGCAGGUACCAGCGGCCACCACAAGGGCGGCGCCCUGGACAGCCUGUUCAGCUUCCCCGAGAACACCCAUGUUUCCUCUGCGUCUGUGGCCACCACCACUGCUGCCCGCAACCCCCGCGACAGCAGCCUGCGCAAGAAGAAAGCCGCCAACCUCAAUAAUAUCAUCCACCGCCUGGAGAAGGCUGCUGGUAAAGACGAGCCCCACGAGUGGGAGUUCUGAUACGGUACCCCCUGCUGCUGGGGAGAGUGAGAGUUACUAUUUUUCUAGUGCCCUGACUGCACAGUUCCAAGGCCAAGACUGGAGCAGUGCUGCCAGAGAAGAACUGGCAUCUUUUACGAGUUUUCAUAUCAAAGAGGGUUCAUAGAUUUUUUUCACGAAGCGAAACAACAGCAACAACCUGGCUUUGUUUGGAGAUAAAGCACUUAACAGCCCUGCUGGCCACAGGGCCCUAACACCACCGGCCAAAGGUGCGAAAGAGACGAAAGACACACAAAGGAGCGUCACUCCACAGGAGGAAACUGUCACGAGAAGCAAUUAUGUAUUUUAUUUGUGUGUGUGUGUGUGUGUGU